ACUAUGCGUGGUGACCGACUUUUUUUAUACCUAUUGUUUUCCUUCGAUGUAUUUUCUGCUUUUUUUUUUAAUUACUGAUAAUUUUUUGUAUAUUCUGGAGUUCAGACUAUCUUACCGAAAUAAAUUAUUUCCAUUUUUUUUGUAAGACUGAACUGUGAUAAUGUUGAUAUUUUAAAGGGGCAGUUCCCAACGACUUCUUAUAACAGGUAUAUUAUCUCGUUGGCAGUUCCCUGUUGUAUCAUAUAUAUAUAUGUCAAAUAAUUUGUCGAAAAAGUCAGAAAACAUUUUUAUUUCUGAUUAGUAAUGAGAAGAUGGAAGACCAGGCUAUGUUUUCAGAAAAUCUGCAUUCGAAAGAAUUCCAGUGCCCUGUUUGUUUCAAAUAUUUCAGUCGAAAAUUCACAUUAGGUGUGCAUCUUCUUAUACAUAAAGGAGUGAAACCUCAUCCUUGCCCAUUUUGUGGUAAAAGAUUUCGUCAGAAAGGAACUUUGAUGCGUCAUAAAGCUCUGCACAGUGCUAGUAAUCUUUUCCACUGCAGUCUAUGCAAUCGUGGUUUCCGACAGAAAAACGUCUUUCUUCAUCAUUUGAGGCAUCGGCAUAAUGUUUCCACUGAAACUUUGGAUCGCAGAAAGUAUCGCUUUGAAUUAAACGAUUAUCAAAGUAUUAUGGACACUUUACCUUCUUUUGUAUUUGCAGAUUCAACUGCAAUUGCAUCUUCGGAGAAACAUUUAGAUGCUAUGCUUUUUGAAUCAUUUAAUAAUCCUAUGUAUGAUUCUUCUUUUAAAACAAUAAGUUGUGUGUCACAAGAUUCUGUAGACUACACACAGAAAGAUUCUCACUGUAAUUCAGUGGCUGCAGAUUCUUCUGAUAUUGUAAAGAGUACUUGUUUACCUUCAGGUGUUAAAGAUAAUGCUAAUUUCAGUGUCAAAAAAAAUGCAAUUCCAGCAUUUAGGUAUGAGUGUGGAUUGUGCUUAAAUGUUUUUUCAGAUUAUACGAAAUAUAAUCAUCAUAUUGAAGAGGAACAUUAUAAUAUUGAUAUGCUUAUAGACAGGAAGCCUACUAUUUAUUCAUCUGUAAAUGAUGCAGAAAGUAGUGCUUCUUCCACAAAUAAUUUUCAUGCUUCAAAAGAAUCUACUUCAGGUGCUUUAGCUACUGAAUGUUUAGAAAAUUCUGCAUCUUGCACAAGUCCUACUAAAGUAUCAAGCACAGAUGAUAUGAAUGCCAAAGAAAAUGUAAACCUCUGCAUACCAUGCCAGCAAAGUUUCUCAAAUGAAGAAGAAUUUGAAUGUCAUGUCAGAACACAUGUACAGAGUGUUCUGCUUGGUGAUAGGAAUUCAGAUUUGGAUGAAUCUAAUACAUGUAACUUGAAUUUUAAUCGUACAUGCUCUGCACUCGCAAAUAAAAAUCUACAAAUUUCUGUGCAGAGUGACUUGCAUCAGGAUUUUACAAAAUCUAACAAUUGUUCAUAUGCUAAAUCUGCUACAGAAAAGACAUCUAAUAUGUUGCCAGAUUUAAAUUCUGAUAAUUCGCACAUAUCCGAGUUAAGUGAUGUAAAUGGUGAACAGAAGUCUUCGGUUAGUGACAGACCAGAUUUAUGCUCAUCUUCAGCCUCUGUUAUCAGCACAGAGGCUUCAAAUUCAAAUUUUAAAUUACUCUGUCCUUUUUGUGGAGAUGUUUGUAAAGAUGAAAAUAUUUUAUUAGUGCAUGCAAGAAUGCAUGGAACACACAAGGAAAUAAAAUCUAAAAUCUGCAGAGAAAUUUCUCCUGUUGGUAAAGAGGUAAUUAAUAAAUUUCUAAUUAAAAACAGCAGUAAAGAGAAAACAAAUUUAAAUGCUGUAACGAGCUGUGAUAAAAAAGUAAAUGCUGCAGAUUCUGCUUCUAUAAUGAGAAAAUUUCCAGCAUCUAGGAAUAAGUAUUAUGCAGCAUCUUGUGCUGUAAAAGAGACUCAGAAUGUUUUGCAUAAAAAUCUUAAUAGUACAAAACUCAUUGUAAGGUAUAAAGGGAUUUCAUCAUCUAGUGUUCAUAAAAAAUUACUUGUGUGUAAACUUUGCAACAAAAUAUUUAGGAAAAAACUUGCACUCGAAUAUCACAGACAAAUGCAUUUAAAUGCUAGAGGUUUUAGAUGUGAAUGCUGCAGGAAGAGCUGUUCUAGUAAGCUGAGUUUACUUGCACACACACGAUCCAAUCAUCUGAAAAAGUUUAUUUGUUGCAAAUGUUUCCGUUCAUUUAACUACAGGAAAUUACGGGAUUAUCAUCAACAAAAUUGUGUCAACUCUGCAGAUAAUAUAAAAGGAUUAUCAGAUGGCUUCUGUUUACCUUUGGUUGAUGUAAAAAAACUUAUGAAAUCUGAUAUGAAUGGUGUUGUAGGAAUUAUUCCAGUGUUUGAUGAAAAGAGUUGUGGAAAUGACAGUAGUUUGCAGGUAGGAAUACCUGUAGUUUCUUUAUCCCAUAUAAAAUUGGUUUCAAAACUUCCUCUCAUAAAAUCAACUUUUAAGUGUGGUACUUAAGCAUUUUAAACUGCUAAUAUGUAAAAACUUCUUGAUUUGACAGGUAUAGCCAGCUCAUGGAUGACGUUUCAGAAAUAUAGUGAAGAAUUAUUUGUUAUGAAUUUUAUUUAUUUAUUUAUUUUGUUUAAUUUAGACUGAAAUUUAUGAAAAACUGGAUUAUAUUUAAUUUAAAAAAAAAAUUGUUGCCAUUUUAUUUAUCAAAUCUGAGGAUCACUCCAUGUGUUAAAAACUACCAACACCUUUUUCAAUAUAUAUAACUUUUGUAUUGUUCUCUUGUGAUAUAUUGAAAUCUUUUUCCUUCUUGUGUUAUCUUCAUCUUCAUUAUGAAGUCUUAUUUAAAAUAAAUGAGGUGAGUAGUAUGGAAAUGCUAUGCAAAGUCAGAAAAAUAUGAAAUGAAAAUAGUGUAAAAAUUCUAUAUUUUUGUGAAUUUCAAAAUCUUGCAUAGAAUUAUUUUCUUUUGAGUUAAAAAAAUGAUAUGCAGUGAACAUAUAAAAAUAUUUAUCUCAUUUAUUUGCCACAAAUAUUUUUCUCAAAGUUUCUAUGCAAUGUUAAACUAUAAAAAUGUUAACUUUUUCUGAAAGAUGUGUGUAAGUUUUGAUGAUUCAAAAGAUUCUCUCUUACUAAUCCUGCUAUGCAAAUUUUGAGAAAUAGUCAGGUUUUCCUCCGAGUGUCCUGGAAGACUUCGAAAAAAAUCUAACAAAAGCCACUUUAAGAGCAGUGUCAUGUCUUGGAUUUAAGACAAGAGCUAUUUUAGAUCUAGUAAAGGGUGAAAUGCCACAUUGGAACCUUUCUCUUAGAGAGUAACUUGAAUUUAAUUCUGAUGAAAAUGAAGCAUGGAUGAAAAAUUUUUCUUGAAAUAAAAAUCACAGAACGAAAGCAUUUCUGUCGUGGAGCGAAUAAGAAAGAGUGUCAAUUAAUUUUAAAUAUAUGAUGACACAUAUUUAUUAUGCACACAUACACACACACAUAUAUACAGUCAAAAGUUGUUAAUUCGGACUCGUCGGGACUUCGGCGAUUCUGGAUUAUC